CUUAUUACGUUCCAUCUGUAAAUGGAUCGAACACGUCCGGCUUAAGAAAAAUAUGGCAGCAAAGCUGCUUCUUUUUGUCCCAUUGUUAUCGUUUAUCUUCAAACCAGGACAAUCUCUUCAGUCAAAAUUUGAUAAAAAAGGCGAAGUCCGGUUUGGCAACUUCCUAAACAUCUCAGACGGACAGAUACUUGAGAUAAAUGGAAGUGUGAUCAACAAAAUGACUGUGAAGGACAAAAAUCAGUGUUUGGUGGAGUGUGUGAACGGAAAAGAAUGUCUGUCGAUUAACUUGUACUCUGAUCAACCCAAUCAAGUGCAGUGUGAGCUCCUUAACUGGGCAGGAACGGCCUUCCACAGCCUCUUAAAGCCAAAAGCCAACUCUCAGUCCAUGAUGUUAGCGACUGCCUGUUCACCAAAUCCUUGUCAGAAUGGUGGAGACUGCAUAGCAUACUCUGGAGGGCAUCAAUACAAUUGCAGCUGCAUCAUACCCUUUACGGGAGACAAUUGCGAGAAGGCAGAAGGGUGCGUGCUCUUUGACUUUGAAAACGGAUUACCGGGCUGGACUCGCACAGGAACCGCCUUCAAUAACCAACCAACCUACGGUGACAAUAGCCUGGUUCGAAAACCUGCAGAACCCGCCAAACAAAGAGGAGAUUGGUACAUAGGAACAUUCGAAAAUCGCACCAGUCCCUCUCAUCCAGCUGGUGGAAUACAAGAUGAUUUCCCUACAGGCACGAUGACGUCACCUAAGUUCACGAUCCGUGGUAGGUCGCUAAAGUUUCUCAUUGGAGGAGGGUCCGACGUUAACAAGGAGAGGGUUGAGCUGCUGAUUGGUGGAGCAGUGGUUGCCAAAGCUGCUUCACAGACCAACGUAGAAACCAUGAAGUUACAUGCUUUUGACGUCACAAGUUACCGUGGCCAGGUGGCUCAGCUGCGCCUAGUGGAUGACGGGAGUAGUGGUUGGGAACACAUAAAUGUUGAUCACUUUGAGGAUAGCAUCUGCUCCGAAUGAAUGAAGCAGGGGCGUAUCCAGGAUUUGUAAUGGGGGGGGGGGGUCCUUACAUACCAAAUUGUCACUAUGACGUCAUAUGACGUCAAUAUGACGUCAAAGCAAUCUAUUGUUUUGACGAAAAAGAAAAACUUUCCUCUCUCUGAUAUUCAAGUAUAAAAUCAUAUUAAACCAUUUAUCUCACA